UAAUAACUGAUAUGUCUCUGGGACUCUCUUCUACAGAAUUUCAAAAGCUAAGGUGAAUGACUAUUCAGAGAACAUUGAAGCUAUCGUUGCAAAAUUAUCUGCUCCAGUGACCAAUAUGCCAGGAUCACCGGAGGAUGUUGGUGGGACUCCUGAUAAAGAAAUUCCUAGAGCAGAAGAAGGUUCUGGUGGUUCUCCUUCUGCAGGAUUGCGUAGGAGAUUUCUGCCGCCAAUAAAAUCUCAAGAUAGAACUCAUGAGAUCAGUGAGUCUGAUCAAUCAACACCGAUCAAACUAGAUGCUGCUGCUCAGGCUCACAUUGAAAAGCACAGAAAACUCCAAGAAGAUUUGACGGAUGAAAUGGUAGGGUUAGCAAGACAGCUCAAGGAGAGUAGCCUCUUAAUGAACCGAUCCUUGCAAGACACUGAGAAGUUUGGUUGGCCCUGGUGUGGGUACCCAUGCCUGAUACACCUCACAAGUUUCUUGCUUCUUCAGCGAGCUUGGGCUAGCUGGGUUCUUGGUUCACAUGGCAGAGUUGAAAGCUUUUCAAGAGUUUCCUCUAGAGACUAGCUCUAAGUUCCAAAGGUGGGCUCUUGAGCCAUUGUGGUUAGAAGUCAAGUGUUGGGAGGGUUUCCCAAUGGGGGUAUCUAUUAAUCCUGGUUCCGUGAUGGAUGAGCAACCAUGGAACUGUUUGUGGUGGUUGGAUUGGGAGCAGGGUUGUCCAUCCCAUGGGAUCCAAUUCAGUGGAGGAGAUCCCAGCUGUUGGAUGAGAAGCCAUUAUGUGAUGGAAUGAGGGAGUAAAAGGGAAGGUUACGGUUAGGGAGAAGGCCAAGGAAUUGUGGCUGAAGCCCAGGCAAGUGGUGCAUAAAGGAGGGUCUUCACAUAGUUACUUGGAUGAAUAAUCGGAGGGGAGGGGCUUGUGGGGGAGAGAGAGAGUGACCCAGGCUGGGCACCUCAGCAACGUGCACAGCUUUUUCCCAUUAUAUUUGAGGUUCCCUUGAAAUGCAGUGUAGACCUACACCAGUGUGGGGCCAAUGGUAGUGGCUGUGGAAGCAUCAAUAGGAAUGCGGUUUUCGAAGAGAGAGAGGAUCAUCCCACGACUGAAAAGAAAGCUUUGUGAUGCUGAAGGCAGAAAGAGACGCUGAAAGUAAGUGGGAUUUUCACAAAGAAAAUUAGCAUAUAUCUGUGCCACCCAUCCCAUGAACCACUAAUUAACUAGUGAGAGUCGUGUUGUGUGGAGAAUUAGAGCCAUGUCACCCACAUAUAAAGAAAUAGUACCCCACUUCAAUUCCUCUCACAAA